CAAAAAUCAAUCGAAUCAAUUGCGCAGCUUCGAAUCGCACAUUCCUCAUUCCUCCCUUUUUUUUUCUUCCUUCUCCCAUCAUAUUCUUUCUUUCUAGUGUCGUUGUAGUUUUAAUUCGAUUUAAUUUAUUCCUUAAUACGAUAUACCAAUCCACCAUCGACCAUCCAUCAUCCAUCCACAAUGUCAAUACCCGCCGAUCACUCUAGAGGUAGCGCAUCGCGUCCCCCUAGCAAACCACAGUCACGGAACCCCGUUCGAAGUAUGCUAUCUCUGCCACCCCAAUGGCUGCACAUGUAUGGCGAUUUCAUCACAAAGAACGCUCAUCAAGUAUCACAAAUUGAGAGUGCCUUGCGGUCUUUAACAUACAUUAUCCCUGGUCGAUUUCGUGAUGCGGAGAUUGCUUCGGAAACUUUGCAUUCUGGCAUUCAAUUGCUAUCUCUCUAUCACGAUGCCGUUCUCCAAGGCGCUAUCACCAAGAUACCUGGACUCUCUCCAAAAAUACCGAGCCCUCACACACGCUACACCAGAUUCUGGACGGCUAAGAGCAGAUUGUAUCGGAGAAUAGCAUUGUUGUUACAAAUAGUGCAAUAUACCGAGAUGCUGUGGGAGAUGGCAGCUAAGCGCAAAGGAGAGAGAAUACGUUGGCGCGUAGUCAUCGUUUUAGAGAUUAUAAAGGCCGUUUGCCGGUUGUUGUUGAUGAGGGUUACCAACUCAAGACCACUCGUCACCCCACCUCUACCCGAACGAGAUCCAAUUCCGCCAGAUGUCGACUCAAGCGACGAGGAUACACUAAAGGAACUGAUGGGCGAGGAUACGACAGAGUCGAGCGACUCCGCUAAGGCUGUCUACGAGAAGGAAUGGACGAUGCCACGAACCGGUUCCAGCCUCCCCAGCCUACCGAAUCCUAGCGAUAUUGGCUCAUAUCUAAUGGGUCGCGUCCUAACAGCAGAUGACAUCAAGCCCGCAGCAAAACUUCUCAACACACUAUCUCGCCCUGGUCAGACUGCUGAGAUAUUACACAUCCUCGCUCCAUUGGCAUACGCUAUUGCAUUAUCAAGGAGCAAGAACAAGAGAUCCUGGACGCCUUGGCUCAUCGGCAUAAGCAUGGAAUACGCUGCACGGCAGUUGCGCGAGAGAGGUCUACGUAGCACUGCUCUAGAGAACGAAGAGUGGGGCAAGAGGUAUUGGGCAGCUGGCUGGUGGACCAUGAGAGGUGCUUUCUACGAAAACUUUACGAGGAAUGUCAUCGGUGGGGUACGUCGUCGCAUGCCUAGUCUCGUCUCCGGCAUAUUGGAAGACUACGAAUACCUUUGGGAGAAUUAUUAUUUCAGUACCAGUGCAUGAUGGAUUGGUAACGAGGACCUAACAACUUUUUGGAUAUCUGCCGAGGCGAGCAGAGUUGUAUCAUAAGAUCACCGGAAAACAUCCAGGACCACAGUUAGGUUGUCGAGGAGGAUAAUUCGGCAGUCUAGCCAACCCCCCCUUUUCUGACCGCCAACUCAUUUCUGCGCCUGGAGCCCCAUUUCCUAACUAUAAUGAUACCCGACGAAUACACCGACUAAUUGAUAACGUUCAAAGUGGAGUUUGGUCUAGGCUAGUAAAGAUCACGUGGGAUAGAGCAGACGAGUACACUUUUCAAGAACAUAAACUUCUGGCUUGAUUCAUUAAAUCUCCAGUUGCUCAUCGCUAUGUCGCAGACUUCGCAUCCUCACUUGAUGCUAGCAAGUCAGUGGCCACAUGUGACGGACUCAGCAGACGCCCCAGGAUGAAGUUAAUUCCCUAAAUACUCCGUUUAGGCGAGCACUCCCCGUUGACUAUCAUCACAUCCUAAUGGGUCGAGCACACAUUGAAUUUAGCUACAUGUCAAAUAGCAGUGGCAUAUCUAAGAUUAUUGGAGCCAUCAGCAUCCUCCUAGUCCGAAAUAUGCAUAAUAUCCUCCCAGCUUUCUAGAUGGAACAGACAUUAGGGUUUCGGUUUCAAAGAUUGGUUUGCUACCUACCUUAGAAUAUGGCAUAAUGAUCUGCUGGGAAUGGCAUUUUUGUAAGGUUAGAACAUUAUGGUAGAAAGUUUCAACCUUGAAUUAACAUG